UGUGACAGAGUGUUGUUGGUUUGCUGGGCUUCCUGGUUUCCGUGAUCAUGUGAAUACUACAGCUAGCCGUCCCGGUCAUACACACUACCCCAGUUUGGGCACUCGACACCCCGCUACAGCCUGCGCUGGUUCCCACUAGCUACUCUAUGGCGGAUGGAGAGCGUAGCCCGUUGCUUUCGGACCAGCACGACGGGACGAAUGGUUCCUCGUAUGGCUUUUCCCCGAGGCCACAGAGUUUCCCUCCAUUCCUCAGCCCCAGUGCCCCUCCAUUCCUCAGCCCCAGUGCCCCCCCUCCAGUCCUGUUCGGUGAAGCCCCGCCUCCCUACUCUCCCCUGGGCAGCCCAGACAUUGGCAGCUCCCCCAUCAUCAGUUGCAGGGUGUGUCAGAGUGCCAUCAACGUGGAGGGAAAGACACACCAACACGUAGUCAAGUGUGUCAUCUGCAAUGAGGCUACGCCUAUAAAGAAUGCUCCUGCAGGGAAGAAGUAUGUCCGCUGCCCCUGUAACUGUCUCCUCAUCUGUAAAGUCUCCUCCCAGAGGAUCGCCUGUCCCCGACUAUACUGUAAGCGUGUCAUGAACUUGGGUCUGGUGCCUGCUGCAGGAUCGGGUUCAGGCAGUCCAGAACCUCAACAACUCGCUGGCGUCAGAGUGGUCUGUGGACACUGCAGAAACACAUUCCUGUGGACUGAUUUCUCAGACAGAACGUUAGCCAGAUGCCCCCAUUGCAGAAAAGUCUCUUCUGUUGGCCGGCGGUACCCCAGGAGGCGGGGCUUGUGGUGUUUCCUGUUGUUUUUGGUUUUCUCUGGCGGCACGGCAGGACUAGUGGUGGGAACGUGUAAAUCAGCCUUGCUCAACAGAGGGAUCUAUGCCUCCUGGGUCUUCCUGAUUCUCCUGGCUGUACUGAGCAUGUGCAGAAUGAUCUACUGGGGCUGUCUGAAGAUCAGCGAACCUAUACAGAACAUCACAUAGAGGAGAGAGGAGGCCAUACAGAACAUCACAUAGAGGAGGCCAUACAGAACAUCAGAGAGGAGAGAGGAGGCCAUACAGAACAUCACAUAGAGGAGGCCAUACAGAACAUCACAUAGAGGAGAGAGGAGGCCAUACAGAACAUCACAUAGAGGAGGCCAUACAGAACAUCACAUAGAGGAGCCCAUACAGAACAUCACAUAGAGGAGAGAGGAGGCCAUACAGAACAUCACAUAGAGGAGAGAGGAGCCCAUACAGAACAUCACAUAGAGGAGGCCAUACAGAACAUCACAUAGAGGAGAGAGGAGGCCAUACAGAACAUCACAUAGAGGAGGCCAUACAGAACAUCACAUAGAGGAGGCCAUACAGAACAUCACAUAGAGGAGGCCAUACAGAACAUCACAUAGAGGAGAGAGGAGCCCAUACAGAACAUCACAUAGAGGAGGCCAUACAGAACAUCACAUAGAGGAGCCCAUACAGAACAUCACAUAGAGGAGAGAGGAGCCCAUACAGAACAUCACAUAGAGGAGGCCAUACAGAACAUCACAUAGAGGGGAGAGGAGGCCAUACAGAACAUCACAUAGAGGAGAGAGGAGGCCAUACAGAACAUCACAUAGAGGAGAGAGGAGGCCAUACAGAAC